UACAUGGUAAUGAUAAUAACAUAUCGUUUGACGUUUGAUUUAUUGCCUUAGUUUUUACUUUUUACAAACGUUCGGCACAAGUGGCAAGUGGCAAGUGCACAACUGGGCACAUAUUAAUGUACCUAAAUAUUGUCAAUUGUCAUAGGUACAUAAAUAUAAGUAUUAAAGUAUGAUUAAUAUUACACUCACUGCAAACAACACAACAACGAAUUACAAAUUACGAUAAUGAUAAUUUAAUAUUUUAAUGUAGGUAUCUGAUAUUAUAUCAUACGAUAAUAAUAUAUUAUGACGGGAUGCUAGUGCCCAGUUUUAUUAUAAUAAUAAUAGUUCAUAAUUUAUUAUUAUUCCGAGCGCGCGUAUCAGUGAGUAGUGACCAUUUCCUUUACACACACGUCUUGCCGGAAGGCGGAAGAUGACACAACUAUGCGAUCAUCACUGACGGCCACCGGUACGCCACGUACGAAUUUCUAUUUCUAUAUCACCAACUGCUGGGUCACAGGAAGUGUCUGGGAUAUAUUGAUUUCGAACAAUCGUUUUGUCCUCCGCCACAGCAACAGUUGUAGCAUUACUCGUCCAGCAUGUCAAAAGACAGAAUACUGAUUUUGGGAGGCUGUGGCUUUAUUGGACGUCACUUGGUCAAAUAUUUGGUGGACAACGAUCUUGCAUCGGCCGUGAGAGUAGUCGACAAAGUGCCACCACAAAUUGCUUGGCUCAACGACGACCACAAGGCGGCGUUUGAAUCUCCCAUAGUAGAAUUUCUCAGUGCCAAUUUGAUAAAUCAAAGUUCUUGCGAGAAUGUUUUUGAAGGUUUUUUUGAUUAUGCCAUCAAUUGUGCCGGAGAAACUCGUGUUGAUUUACCAGACACCAUCUAUGAAGAGGGAGUCUAUAAACUCAGCAUGAAUUGUGCUCGUGCUGCUGCCAAGUUUGGUAUAAAACGUUAUGUCGAAGUGUCAUCAGGUCAGUUGACUGCCAACCACAAAGGACCAAUUAAAGAAGAUGAUAAAGUAAUACCCCUCACAUCCAUUGCAAAGUACAAAUAUGAAGUAGAAAAACAAAUGAAAACUAUUCCGAAUUUAAAUUUUACGAUUGUCCGGCCAGCUAUUGUGUACGGCAUAGGUGACAGAACUGGACUCACACCAACUAUUGCAAUUGGUUCUUUGUAUCGUGGACUGGAAGAGCCUGUUCGAAUACUCUGGAAAGGAAGUACGUCUUGUAACACAAUACAUGUUGAAGACAUUUGUAGAGCUAUAUGGCAUUUGUUAAAAUCACCAGACGCUGUAGGGGAAACUUAUAAUUUAGUGGACUGUGGUCAGACCACACAAGAUAUGAUAGCUGAAAUUGUAUCCUCAUUGUUUGGAGUUAAACACGAGUUUCUGGGCUCAGUUCUAUCAUCUUUAUGUAAAAAUGAUCUUGAUGUUAUUGCGUCCGAAGCGAAUGACAAACAUUCGGUGCCGUGGGCCGAAGCAUGCUCAAAGUCUGAUGUUCAUAACACUCCUUUAUCUCCAUUUAUUCACAAAGAUCACUUGAACGGUUAUCGUAUUCAAAUGAAUGGCAGUAAAUUUAUGAAUAAUUCUGGUUUCACAUUAAAACAUCCAAUGAUCACAGUUGAACUACUAAAACAGGUUGUCGAUGACUACAUUAAAAUGAAUCUUUUUCCAAAAUCAUUGCUAGAUUAAACGUGUUGAAAGUUACCAUUUCAUUAAGCACAAUUUAUUGUAAACUUAAUUUUGAUAUUUUCUGUGAUAUGUUAUUAGUUAUUACCAUUAUUUAAUAUUUAUUUAUAUUAAUUUAUUCAAAUUUAUGAAACAAUUAUUAAUGUUUACUAAGUGAACUUUAUUAUAUAAUUGAGUUACUCGUACUUAUUUUUUGGGUAUUAGGUAUUUGUUUUCAAUUAUAUUCAUACAUGUAUGCUGUGUUAAGUGGGCCAAAGAUUAAAAAAUAAAUACAUAGAAUACACAAGUACAUUA